AUGUCCCAGGAACAUGCCGCGCUGAUCAAGGAGUUGGGACUGACAUGUCCCAGAGGCGGAGAUUUCUACGUUUGCGACAAGGCCAAGGUUCAAUUCAUCGGCUGCUGCGCUAUCGAUCCCUGCGCCAACGAUGGCAUCUGCCCCGAGGACCAACUGGUCCUCUCCAGCUUCACCAAGGCCAAGUAUCACGACCUACCUCCGCAAAGCUGCGACAACAGCACCAGCACCGACGAGGAUGAAGAAGCCCUGUGGUAUACAUGUGGCUUUACGAACCCGCCCUUUCUCGGAUGCUGCACAACCAACCCCUGCGGAGACGCCGUAUGUCCGUCGGAAAAUCUGGCUCCCGCUGUUCUAUCAGACAACUCGACGUUUCGCAAUAAUUUUCUCAACCCAAAAGGAUUCAAUGAGAAGGCGACGCAAUCGACACUUGUUGUGAAGCCAAGCUCCACGGCUCUUGGAGAUCUGGAAGGCGUAAGUGACAGUGAGAACUCUGCGUUGGGUGCUGGGGCAGUCGCUGGUAUCUGUGUUGCUGCCAUCAUUAUCGUUCUUCUGCUUGUCGGUGCGCUCUGGAGACUCUGGCAAUCGAGGUUGACGAAACGAGCCGUGUCUAACCACCGUCUCUCAUUAUCACCAACCUAUACUCCCUUCCUCAGCCCCAACCCUUCAGACCCAGGUGGCAAGAGGCUCAGCCAUGCCGUGACCGUUCCCAUGGUCGACGCAUUCGCCGAUUGGCAUCCGGCACCAGGGAGGUUGCAUAGCCAGGAUGUUGUUUUCUGGGUUGGCUGGAUCUGGGAUGUUAUCUUGACAUUGGUGCCUCUUUGCUUCAUCGCCCUGCCUAUUGUCGCCGUUUAUCUGGAUGGUCAACAACCCUCCGACUAUGGCGAGAGGGUGGUUGAACUGACCCGUCUGAGUCCAUCCAUCUAUCCGAUUCUUUUUGCAGCUAUUGCGAGCCGCUUCUACAAGAACGUCUCUCGCUGGUGUCUAGAGAGACCUGAUGGUAUUGGCCUCGCUGCCCUGGAACAAAUCUUUGGAAGUCGAAGCUUUGCUGCUGCCAUCGAAGGAGUCUUUUUCAUUCGCACUCAACUCUCUGUCGGGCUCAUUAUCCUCUUCACCUGGGCCAUGUCUCCCCUUGGAGGUCAAAGUGCAUCUAGACUUCUCUCCAUUGGUAACAGCGCCGUCGCAACAAACGUCAGCGUCUACUUCUCCGAUCCAAGCUACCAGGUUUCGUACUACCCGUCCUCGUUGACCCAAGAGGACAACAGCGCGAGCAUCACGGCAUUGUACUCAGCCACUCUUCUCUCCUCUCAGGAGCAAAAGAGGUCUUCCAGGGAUCUUUGGAACUUGCCCAAGAUUCCUCAGUGGCCAAGGAGCAAGAAGCUUGGAGAGUGGUACGAGGUAAACGAGGAUGCUCUCAGCAAUGACGCCAACUCCUACAUAUCCCUCCUGGGUAUCAAAGUUCAGGGUCUUUCGGGUGUCAGUGGCGAGACACGAUUCAACUUUACAACUCAGACGUCCUACGCCGACUUUGAGUGCGCUCAUACUAAGAAUAUCAAAGUCGAUACUCUCGCGCAUGCCGGAUUUCCAACUCAGCAUUUUGGUACCACAGUCUGGGUCGAGGAAGGAAAGAAUUCGACCAGCAAGACCGAUCCGUCGCCGCUCCAUCUAUCAUACAUCAGCUAUGGACGGACUAACGAGGAUUCUGGAAACCCCAUUUGGGCCAUCAUCAACUGCACCAUGCAGACCGUUACGGUAGAGACAGAGCUCCGCUGUGGUCCAAGCCCCUCGGCGACGAGCUGCUCUGCGUUCCGUCAACGCCGUGUAAACGGUCAUGCGUCCUCUAACCGCCCUCCGUCGAUCCUAUUUCGGAACAACAAUGCAGAAGACAGUGCCAAUGAUGUCCAGCAAGUUCUCAAGUUCUGGCCCACGUCAUCCGGAGAAGUCCUCAUCGGUGCGGCAUCCCCUACGGAGAACUACAUCAUGGGCGAGUUGCAUCCGUUUGCAGGCCAGAAGCCUAGAAGAUGGGCUGGCAGUGACCUGGAUGUCUUUCCUGACGAGUUCUCGAGACGCUUCACCACAGCUUUCAACACUUUCUGGGAUGCUACGCUGAACCCUCUCACUCACACCAACGUCUCCUUCGGUGAACUUCCUGAAAUCAACGUCUUGUCUUUUGAUGAACCCAGCGCUCAGCCAUUCAUGAACUCGACUAUUGGAGAAAGAAUUGUCUCUCACAGGGUUUACAAGUCCAACCGGGCCUGGGUUUCCCUGCUUCUUACUACAACUUUGCUCUUGGAGCUCCUCGCCAUCCUCGGACUUACCCUUCAGUUCUUUAUUCGUGGACCUGACAUCUUGGGAUUCGCGAGCACCAUGACGAGAGAUAACCCCUAUGUGCCUGUCGCCCCUGGUGGAUCCAACCUCGACGGUCCAGACAGGGCAAGGAUGCUUCGGGAUCUUCGACUACAGCUGGCGGAUGUGCGUCCUGAUGAUGCAAAUGGAUACAUUGCGGUCAGAGCAGUUCCCUCAUUGGGAUCUCAGGAGGAUGUAAGAGGGAUAACAAAGCAGGAGCGCAAAGCAGCAAUCAGGCCAUUGGACCAGAAGAAGUUGUAUACUUGA